UCUAUGGAAGCCCACCAUGUUGAUAUCAGGACACCGAUAGCUUGCAAAAUUCCAUGGCUACUGAAAUUAAGUGUAUUAAAUUGAAAUUGUACAUAGCUAGCUAUACAGUCCGUCGAUAAUAGCUUCAUAUAUCUCAAGUUUAUUAAUGUUAAUUUCAGCCUUAUCCCCUGAAAGGACGAGCAGAAUGAACCGCUUUAAUUCCACCGUCCCAGAUGACGAGUACCUCGCGGACAGUAACGUGUUGUUCUACCUGAGUGAUGCAGUGACCCAGCUGCUGGAACAUAAAGAGGAAUACACCCAGUUUGGGGUGAUCCGCUACUUUGCUGAAUAUUUUAGCAGUGUAAAAAACAGUAACCACGUGCUCUUCAGAGAGUAUAACUACAUUAAGGCCACUCCUCAUAACAGAGCCUCCUUCAUCAGAGUCUUCUGGAGAUGCUACAGACAGAUUGGCAAGAGUGGAGAUUUACUGUCCAUGCUGGAGUACAGGUCACUGCUGCAGUUACUGUGUCCAGACUUCCCUUUGGAGCUGGUGCAGAGCGCAGCCAGAAUAGUUCUGAUGGAUGACGCCAUAGAUUGCCUGAUGUCUUUCUCUGAUUUCCUUUAUGCCCUCCAGCUACAGUUCUACUACCAAGAGUUCCUGGACAGUGUGUUGGUGAUCUACCAGGAUCUGUUAGCAGGGAAGAGUCCUAACACUGUCAUCGUCCCCACGUCCACGUCCAUCGAGCAGCUCCCCUCUGUGGCUGCAGAGGAGAAUGACACAGAGGAGCUGCAGCAGGACGGAGUUGAUCCGUCCACUCUGGCUCAGUGUAUAGACGCCUUCUGUGACAGGUUCAAACGCAGUCAUCCUCCCAGGUCCUAUAUGAGGGAAGUCCUGGAACAGACCAACAAAGUCUCUUACUACAGCUUCCUAAUGAGCCUGGCUAAACAUGAGACCAUCAACCAAACUAUUGGAGCGUUACCCAGCAAGGCAGAGUUGCUCAUUGACCCAGAAAUGGACCAGGAACUGGACAAACUAAUUGCCCAGAUCUCAGUGAGUCCUGGCAGCAACAGCAGUGGCAGUGCAGUGGGGGCGCUGAAGGAGGUGCAGAGGAAGGCAUCCCCCAGGAGGAACAUCCACCACAGGAGGAAGAUGGAGGUGGAGAGCGAUGGUUCCACAGAGGAGACCGACUCCUCUGAAAACUGACCUCGAACCUUUGACCAGCCUGUGACCACGUCACCUUCCAUCUGAAGUCCAAAACACACUGUGGCUAUAUGGUACAUGUCAAAACUUUCUUGCCCAUUACUAUACAAACCCACACUAGUGAUGGAUAGGCGCACAACGGUGCAAAAGAACAUUCCACCUCACAACAGAAUAUGCCAUUGUCUUUGUUUUGUCCAGCACUGAUGUCUUAACAAGCAGUGCAUGAUCAAGUGAACUGACAGUCUACAUAAGAAUACCCCUCUUUUAAUGCUACACAUUGUUCUUCCUGUGCCAUGUAGUCCUAAUAAUGUGUAAGUCCCAUGUCUGCAUGUGGUCAUGUGACAUGCUACUGCUCUGCUACUGCAGGGUGUUUUGAGUUUUACUGUAAUCUGACCAAACAAAAUGUUUGCAUUAGUUAACAAUAAUGCUUUUUAUUUUGCUAGUGAUGAGUAAUAUAACCAAGUAAUAUAUAUAUAUAUUUACAUAUAUAAUAACAGUAACACUCCAGUUAAUACUCAAAGACAAGUACUUAAGAUUUUCCCAGAAAUUCUCUUGUUGUCAUGCAGGAGAGGCCUCUGAAACAGCAUUUAUACCAUACCAUCACAAAACACUACUACUCCUCACUAAAAGUUCACCUAAUGAAGUAGUUUUAGGUACUGUAGGGUAAACUGCUCCUAUUAAGCAAAACAAGGCAGGUUUCAUUGCUGCUUUUACAGAGUGACUGGAAUUGAAGAUCGUAACCUCUGUCAUGUUGGAGAUGGAUUAUUGACUGUAAAUGCUUGAAUUUUCAUAAAAACCUUCGCGUGAUGUCAGCACACCAACCUUACUUAGUAGCUUUUCAUCACAUGCUGCGAGUGAAUGUACAGAAGUCCUGCUGCUCUAAAUCUUUCCCUUUUUAAAGGGAGGCCACAACACUGGACAUCAAAGAUGUAGUUGGAAAUUUUUAUGAAAAAAAAAACAAAAACUUUGUCAUAUUUGCUGAAACUGUAACAAUAUCCACACAGCAGGACACGAAACAGAAAGUCUGUAGAAAAAAAAAAGUAAUGUUCCUCGUCCUGCCUUCUCCCAGUACUUCUAAUGAUAUUUGCAAGAACCCACUGCAGGCCAAGGAGUCUCCAAGGCAGCUGUCUGUCAUGCCAGUCACUGCUCGUGAACUGCAGUCAAACUAGGCAUCGCUGAUCUAGUCUCUAUAUACAGACUCUACAUUCAGUCAAUGUAGAGUCUGUAGGCAAACCCUGGAGAUCUUGCCUCCGGACGAAGAGCGGAAGAGCCCUGGUUUCUGGUUGUAGGCUGUUUGUAGUCCACGUGAUAUUGACCAAUCACGUUUGAGCCAGCUGCAGUUGUUGCCAGGUUAAACGCGGUGAACUAACGAGGCGGAACAUAAUUGGCGUCACUGCAAACUCUGAAUCCAUCGCAAUGGUUCAGCAUAUUUACUUAAAUAUAAACGGAAGUCGGAAGUGGAAAUUCGCCUCUUCUGCCCAAAUCAACCCGGAAUGCCAAAAAAUCGGGGGUCUGCCCCUAGAGGCUGUAUUCGCCGUCUGCCGGAAGUCAGAUGCCGAAUACAGCCGAAGGGGUUCCGAGAAUGUCGCUGAUCAAAUAUGAAUCAAGAUUCUGUUACUGCAUUGCCUGUUUCUCUCCGUCCAUGUUUUCAGAAACAUAUUACUGUACUGUUUAGCUGUAAAAUGAGAAAGAUUGCAAGUUUGGAUUCUUGCAAAUGCAAUUACAAGCGCUACAAUGAUUUUUUUUUUCACAGAUAAUCUGUCUCAUGUACUACUGUGUAGAUGUAAUGACAGUUUCAGUAAUAUGACAAACUCAUUUAUAUAAAGGUUACCAACUACAGCUUUAAUGCUAUAAGUUUCUCGAUGAAAGUCAAGUGUAUUAUAAGUCUUACCUGACUGCAAUAGCAGAUGUUUGUUCUAUGUGGUUCUCAGUCUGUGCAUGUGAAAGAACAUGGAUUCUUCUGCCUGUUAAGAGCCUCCACAGCAAACAGCUCAAGCAUGAACUGAAUUGACAGUGCAUAUUUAUUUAUGCCUUUUUUUUACGGGUUAAAAGAAUGAUAUAAAGUGUAAUAUGUGAAUGUGAUAUGACACAAAUGAAUAUCCUCACACUGUGAAUAAUAAAAAUGUAACUGUGA